CUUCCACUAAGAUAGUGAACCAAUGUAGGAUUCAAGAGCCAAGAACUCUCUGGAUAUCGUUUUAGAUCAUUUUAGAUUAAAAUCUGUUGAUUUUAAUAAAAGUGCAUUGUGCACUGGGGUUCACACACACACACACACACACACACACACACACACACACACACACACACACACAUAUUUGUGUGUGUGUGUAAUAUACAUGUGCUAAUGAAACGAGAUUUUUUUUAUUUUUUAUUUUAAGAUCAUUAGAAAUAAACGCAGGAAGGGAAUGCAGCUGUCAGACAGUUCCAACUAAUAUUGUGCUGGUCGAUCAGACAACAAACACUGGAGUAAAGCCACAGUUUCUACUGCAGGAUCCAGAAAAGUCGUCCCAAAGAUGCAGAUGCACUUUGAAGCGUCGAGCUCCGUCACAUUGCUCUUUGACUUCUGGAGUGUACACGGACCUGGAGGAAUGGUUCUUUCAGUCAUUGUGGUACUGCUGCUGACAGUAUUGUACGAGUUCCUUAAGUUGUGGAAGAGCGUUCUUGUGAAACGGUCCGAAGGUCAUCUAGCCACUGAUGCCUCCUCUUCAUCACCACCCUGCAUUUCUCCAGCACUGGAACAUCCUGAGAGCACAUCAUCACUCGCUAACAGUCCCUCUCAAGUUUCUCUGGCUUCCACAGAAAAUAUGACUGCCCCUGUUCUCGGCACUUCUACCACUGUAAACAGAUGGCUUUUUCACGGCGCCAGGACAGGACUGCAUAUUGUUCAGGUGGUUCUGGGGUACAUGAUCAUGCUCUGCGUGAUGUCCUACAACGUUUGGAUAUUCCUUGGAGUGAUUGUGGGUUCUUUGUUAGGCUACUUCAUCGCUUUCCCUCUUUCAAAUUAUAUGAUAUAACUGACUGAGUAAAGUAGCUGCUAACAAUCAGGGAUUUAUUUCCUUUUCUUAUUCUAGACUGACAAAACCUGACAAAUUACAUCUCGGUGCCAAAGCUGGUCAGCUGUUUGUACUCUGUAUGCAAAAGUGGGAUGUGAUGUUUUGGAAAUUUGCAUGUGGGUCUUUUUAUUAUUAUUAUUAAGAGAACACCAUGCUGUUUUAACUUCAUCAUAAUUGCAUCUUAUCCUAGAAUGCAGAUUGUUUUUAACAGGUUUUAACCCACUGUAUUUUUAAAAAGUGCAAUCUCUGGUUAUAUGAUAUGUUUCAUGUCCAUCUAUAAUCAUGAGUUCUAGGCUUUAGACCUGGGACACCUGAUCUCCUGUUAGAUCAUGGUGUCAGGUGACCAGAUAAUGGUGAGUAAAGGUCACUGCCACUAUAUAGUGCAGUAUAAUGUGUGAAUGUGAAUACAGCGUAGCUCUAGCAAGCAGCCAUGUGAUUAAUUUACUUCCCUUAUGAGAGAUUUAGUCAUAUUGUAAAUUUCCCCAGGUUGCACAUCUUUUAAAACUCAUGAUGAACAUAAUACUCACUUCACUGAUUUUUUUUUUUUUUCUGUACAGGAUGUAUAUUAAGUAAGUGUGAAAAAGCAGAAGUGAUUAAUGAAAAAAGGAUUUUUUUUUUAAACAAAUCUUUACUACUGCUACUGUUUUCUAACAAAUGUGCCACAACUUUUGAGCAAAAUCUGUUUUUAGAUUAAAUUGCUUUGACUAAUA